UGCUGUGAGAGGGAGACAAAAGAAGGUAGCAGCUACACGGCAGCGGCAGAUAGAAUGUGGACGUGCUCACAGCAAGGUAGUAGCCGAGAGCAGGAACAUAAGCUAUUUCAUCUGAACUGUAUGUGGAUAUAUUUAACCUUCUUUGGUUACAGCUGAAAAGGACACAUAAUAUCUUCAGCUCCACUCAGGAAUAAACUGCAUCCAAUCAAUGUAUAGAAGUCAGAGAGAGAGACUGUAAGGGAGAUACAAGUGCAUACACAUCUGAAAAAGCGAUCAAUAUGAGCAUUUCUGCAGCGGAGACAGUACAUGAUAUGCGGGAUGGUAUUGCAAGCCAAAGCAGCCUUCUUCAGGAGUUAGUGACCCCUUCUCAGUCCCUUGAAAUGUGUAGAACAGGACUGUCUUUUACUGAAGAAGCUGUGUCGCUUCUGACAACCAAUAGUAUACUUGCCCGUUCACUGCUUGGCCAUAACGCACUGAAGCAAAAGGAAGCUGCAGUAAUUCGUAGAAAGAGAGAAUUCAUUCCCAGUGAGAAGAAAGAUGAUGGUUAUUGGGACAAAAGAAAGAAGAACAAUGAGGCAGCCAAAAGGUCAAGAGAGAAACGUAGACUCAAUGAUAUGGUCCUUGAGAACAGAGUCAUUUCCCUUCUAGAAGAAAAUGCUAGACUCAAAGCUGAGCUCUUGGCUCUUAAAUUUCGGUUUGGGCUUAUCAAAGACCUUUCUGAAUCCAAAGUAGUCCAUCCUGUGCCACAGCCUCCAAAUUUUGCACCAUUACAACAGACUACUUUCCCUGGGCGAAAUGAAAAUGGCUUUCAUCCACCACCUGUAGACAACCGAGAUUUUGCCUCGAACAACAACCGUGAAUUUGCUUCAAACCAUCAGAACUUUGGUCGAAUGACUCACACUCAGGAGCAAUCUGUUCUCUCUGAAGAUUCUGGAUUUUCCACACCUGGAAGUUCCAGUGUUGGUAGCCCAGUUUUCUUUGAUGAUCGAAUGAGUGACCAUGGAAAAUUCUCUCCACAAAAUGAGGAGCAUUGCUUUGAGGGACAACUGUGUACCCCCAGUGAUACAGAGGAAUGCAGUGGAACCACUUCAUGUGAGACAACCAGAUUUGGAAGGCAUGAUACACUGGAGGCUGUCAAAGGUUUGCCAUACAAGUUGCGGUUCAAAAUGGCUUCAGGAGUGGAAGAAACAGAGCCUGAGGCUGACAUGAAACAUCAAAAAGCUUUACAGGAAAGGCAGGCUAAACCAAAUACUCCAGCCCAUCAUGCUAGUGACACUUUUUCUAAUGGGCAUUACUGCAAUGCAACUGGUCAACAAGUAGCACGAGGGGUCAGUGUUGGUGUGGUACAGCCAACGUGGAGGACACAAGCAGGUUUCAUGCCUGAAGAACUCAGGGGCAUUGAACAGAGCAGGUACUCUGAAGAUACAGCCAGAUUUAGUACACAGGGCUGUACAGGCUUUACACAGACCCAAAUGACACCAGUGGCACACCAGGACUCGUACUACCAAUCAGAAAAUGCACUGUUGAAAAAUCAGCUUGCCUCUUUGUCAUCUGAGGUAGCCCAGUUAAAAAAACUGUUUUCAGAACAAAUUUUACACAAAGUAAAUUAGUGAAAAGAAAACCUGAAGAGGCCUAUGUUUCUAACAUUUCCUUUUACAUAUUUAUGUUUGGUGUUUGUUAAUAUCUGGUGUUAUUUCCUACUGUUGUUUAAGUAAUGGUGCAUUUAUAUUUUUGGAGUUAGAAAUUGGGGAAGAAAAGGUGUUGUUAAGAUAAUAAAAAGUUUAAAAGUAAAA